ACAAACUAUGUAUUGUAGUAGUUUUGUUGCAUAUGACGCGACUUUUCUAUCCAAACAAUGAUUUUCUUCAACACAACACAACUCAUUGCGUUCAUUUAGCAACCGUAUUGCAAUGGGGAAGCAUUUACGAUUUUUCGUUUCUUUAUUGAUUAAAAUUCUCCUUUUUAAAGAAGGAAGAUUUGAUAACAAACAUAUGGAUGAUGAACUAUCCAUUAUAGAUGUGUUCGAUUUAACCACACCUACCACAUGGAAGGACCUCAUGGACUAUUAUGGAGCUAUCGAGAAACAUUGGAGAAUAUGCGUUAACUGUGGCAUACCUACAUUAGGCACGGCCAUACACCUGGAGCACGCUGGCUCUACGGGCUCCAUGCAACCUGCAGUAAUACCAACUGAAUAUCUACUAACACGACUAGAGAUAGUAGACUUAACGUCUCACGUCAAGACCCAGCAGGCUGCAGUCAUAACUUUGGAUAUGGCGCUGCAGUGGUCAGCACUCAAACACGACCCGAGGGAGCCCACGCUCAUUUUAUUUAAGUUCGGCUGGAAGCGAUCCAUCACUUACAAGAGACGAUGCGUUUGUAAAAUACCUGGUCUAAGCUACGAACUAGCGGAGUGGAUAGCUGCGAACAUGAGUCACGUGGUGGGCGUGGCAACAGACGCACCCUCCCUCGAGUCGGAACAAACGCGGGAGUUCACCAGCAGGACCAUAGCGAACGUGCUCGGGAAAAGCGGCAUCUACAUGAUAGAAAACGUUAACAUCAAACGCAAGAUACCUGAGCGUGGUUGCAUGGCAAUAGCGAUGCCGUUGAAGAUGCUCAGUGCCAACUACGUGCCAACACGACUCACAGCUUUCUGUCCAUCGCAGAAGACCGACCAGCACGUGGCAAUUGCACUCAAGAAGUCAACCUACACCACACAGAUCGUCGAGAGUCGAGUAUAUGAUGUUAAUUUAGAUGAAUUGGUAUAGAAAUUAAAAAAAAUAAAGAU